AUGUUUGGAAUUAUCGCGGACUUGAUGUCCUCCGUUAUUACCAUCCUCUUCCCGAUCUUCGCUUCCUACAAAGCUCUCUGCUCCUCCGACCCCUCCCAACUUGCGCCAUGGCUGAUGUACUGGGUGGUGCUGUCGGUCAUUCUGCUGGCAGAAUCCUGGACCGUGUUUAUUAUCGGAUGGUUCCCCUUCUACAGCUGGAUCCGCCUCUUUUUCAUGUGCUAUCUCGUCCUUCCCCAGACCCAAGGAGCGCGUUUGCUCUAUCAAGACUAUGUGGAUCCGUUUCUGACGCACCAUGAGCGGGAGAUCGAGGAGAUCAUCGGUCGCACCCACGAGCGAGCCAAAUCUCUCGGCUUGCAAUAUUUCUACAAGGCUUUUGAUCUGGUCCGAGAGAAACUGCUGGGUCUCCCUGCACAGAGUCAGGCGCCUCCGCCGGCAUCGGGGCCCGCUGCCUACGCCCAAUCACUCCUGUCACGAUUCAAUCUUCCCUCUGCCGGAGCCGCCGUGACCUCCAACGACUGGUACUCGGCUCUCGGCUCAGUGCUGGGCUCGGUCACCUCGACGGGCAAGUCUCGUGAGGCACGUGAGGAAGAACUGUCGGCCAGUGGCACUCUCCUCCAGCGAAAGCUGAACACCAUGACUGGAACGGAGAAAGCUCAGUAUAUAAGCAACCAACGCGAGGUACUUGAUUUCCUGCGCUCGACUCUGGCGCGAGAAGAAACAGCGAUGGACCGAGAUGAUCCCGACUCGGACGACUUGGCCUACGGAGCUCCGCUGCGAAAGAACCGCAGCGAUAACAGCUUCGACGUGGUCGAUGACGAAGAUUUGGGAAAUCGCGCCUCACGUAAAGCCAGCGGCCGAUGGGCCGGCUGGCUGGGCAACGAGCAUGACUCGUCGGGCUCGUCAGGCACCGACCACGCAGCUCGGACGACAGGAUACGAUCGCUAUUAUGGAGGAGAAUGA